AUGGUUGGUCAACAACGAAAGAUAAUCGAAAUAAAUGGUGAUAAUGAGAAAAUAAUAUUACCUAUUGUCAAAUUUCCCCCGUUUAGAUUGCGAUCUGCUAUGAUCGAAAAAGAUCCUGUCGUCUGGGUACAUCUGCUAGAAACUUAUAACAAAUAUAUGCAUUUUUUGCUUCGCGAGAAUAAACUGAAUGAAAUCGAUGAAAAGACUUAUUUGGAUCUGUGUGGUCUGGUCAAAAGUUACCUGCAUGAAUUGUCGGACGAAGAAGGCAAACUUUUGAGUUUGGGCAUGAAUGCCGAAGUCAUACAACAGUUGAAGUUGUUAAGAGCGUUUAUGUUCAAUUUGAUUCAAAGGAAAGGGCUUUUGGGCCUUAAUGCGACUCCUGGGAUGACAUGGGAUUUCGUGAGACUUUACGUUCGUGAUAAUGUGAGUACUGUGCAAUCGUUAGUGGUCGGAAAUGUUCAACAGGAGUCCAGCCCGCAGACGACACAGAUAAGUCAUGUCUUUCAAGUUCAUAAGCGUCUUAGGGAGUUGGUGGAAAGUGAAAAAUUUACUAGAGUUGACCUAAAGGCGUUGGAAAGUUUGCUCGCAAACGAUGAAGGCAAUAGAGAGCUGUUUGCAGAUUCUUUUCUGACCGUUAAAUGGAUGGAAGGGCUUGAAGAUUGGUUUGCACAAGGAGCAAGCAAAAAUAAUGAUUUAGCAAGAAAUUUGGCGGUACUAUCGUAUCUGUCCGCUUCAGAGACCCGAAUAGCGGCAGCUGCGGCUGAAUGCCAUAUACGAAGCGCAAAGGAUCUUGCACAAUACCCGCUUUUUGGAUGUAUUGUGACAUGCGAGGCCUUUAGGUUACGAAAGCCACUGUCUUAUCGUCUGAGCUUUAUUCCAGAAGAUUCGCCUUUGACGGAUUUUUCUGCGGGCAUAGAAUUGGUUAAAGAAGUGUUUCCAGCUCUAGCCGAUGACUUGGUGCGAAGACUACUCGAAAAACAUGAAGGUAAGGUUGAGUUGGUAAUAAAUGAUCUGUUUGAGAACCCAUCUCUUGCAAGAGAGUCUGAAAAUAUGCAAGCAAAGGAUGCUUCGGAUACAGUAUUUCAGGAAGACUUGAAACCUGAAGAACAAAUCAGUAAGGACAGCGCGAUGAAACAAGAUGGAGCAGUUCCGGACGAGGCCCGUAAUCGACUUUUGACAAGAACUCUCAAAUUGCUUUACAAGGCCGACGAGGACGAAAGAGACGAUACCUACGACGAAGCUGACGUUCAACACAAGACAAGUGAAGACGCCGAAGGUUCUAACGUUAAAAUGGUAUCAGAAACCGACAAAAUCGAGGGUCGCCUCUGGAAUCUUCUCAAAGAGAACAAGAAUCUUUUCGAGAGAUCUGCUCGGGGCUCGAAAGCUAGAAAAGGUAUAAAGCAAGAAAUAUCCUGGUCUGAUGAACAGAUUGAGGGCUGGGCUAGAAUGAUAGAAAGAAGCCCUCAACGGGCUCAAAUCCUGGAGGAUAAAUAUACGUUUCGCGGCAACUUUCGAUCAGGCAAAAAAAGUUUCAAUCAAAAACGUUACGAUCAGACAGUUGAGCAAACUCCAGGUGAGCCAUCUGACAGACAAAUGACUCCGAAAGUAGCUUCUCCAGCCCGUCCCAACAACAAAGAACAGCAGAGGCGGCAAAAUGCACGAAACGAAAAGAAUAAGGCAAAUAGGGCUAAUCACAACCGAAAAAAUGCCCGCGAUAAAAAAACCGCCAAAGCUACUGUAUAA